CUUGAUCUUUUAAGAAUAUUACUCAGCGCCUUACAGCAGCGACGGCACGGCAAACCGUACACCCAUCCAUCCCUUUUACUGCUACCUCGCCGCCCGUCGCGCUACCAACUCGCCACCACUUAUCCGCUCCACCAGGCAGCCACCAUCUCUCGCCGACUUGCUGGGUUUGCUUCGUCGGCACCGGCAUCGCAUCGGUUGUCUCCGCCCAAACAGUGAUCUCUCUUUCACGCUCAUCCCAUCGGAUAAGGUUCAAGAUGGACAUAAUUUCCCAACUACAGGAACAAGUUAACACAAUUGCAGCUUUAGCUUUCAACACAUUUGGGACAUUACAAAGAGACGCUCCUCCAGUUCGUUUAUCCUCAAAUUAUCCUGAACCACCGUCUCAGGAACCUACAGAGGACAGUGCAAACAUCGCAGAGCAGCCCAAGCUUAUGAGUGCCGCUUUGGUCAAAGCUGCUAAGCAGUUUGAUGUAUUGGUCGCAGCAUUGCCUCUAUCUGAUGGAGGUGAAGAAGAACAGUUGAAAAGGAUUGCAGAACUACAGGCUGAGAACGAUGCUGUAGGCCAAGAACUUCAAAAGCAGUUGGAAGCUGCAGAGAAGGAAUUAAAACAGGUUCAGGAGCUUUUCAGCCAAGUGGCUGAUAAUUGCUUAAACUUGAAGAAAGCAGAUUGAACGAUUGUAGUUUUAAAUAGCUCAAAUGUAUUCCUCUCCUGUAACAUAAUGGAACUUAGAGCAGAUGUAUUCAUUUUCUGCAGCACUUUCUAUGUCCAUUUCCCUCAGCAUUUGGACAGAUUAUAAAUUAUAAAUUAUAAUGCGCAACCCUUAUAUCUC